CCCCGACGUUGGAUCCGGAGGAAGAGAAGCACGGCCCCCAACCCUCCGAGCACUGUACACCCACAGCCCAGCAGCCAACCUCCGCGUUGCGUCCUCUCACGUGGCCCUCUCGCCUACUGAGCCUGCCCGACUCCUCCUCCCCGGCGUGGGCCCGCCCGCUUCGUUUCCCUUCCUAGGCGUCUUCUGGCGGUUCUGUAAUGGAUUGCUGUCUGAUUCUUAGUGCUAUAUUCACAUUCACAAGACUUCAAGGGAACAUCUGCUAACUGAUGCUACCAUGGAGAGUAUUACAAAGCUCUUUGGUGACUUGUGUGAGGCCCAUGUCACAAGUUUAUCAAAGAAAGUGCAUUUAGGCAGCGGAAAGGGCAGCAAGAAAAGGUCCAACAAAAGUCUCAAGAAGAUUGCCUACGAUGCUUUGUUUGCUAACCUUUUCCUAGAUGAAGCUCGGAAAGUGCGAGCAAACAUUCCCAGACUUCCAGUGAAGAACAAAAUUUUAAUGCUGUCUUUCAACUUGAGAGUUGCUGGAAUGAGCCCAGAAGCAGAUAGGUUGGAGGAGCUUGUUGAUGAACUGGAAAGGUCUAAUAAUUUACCAUUUACUGAAAUAAUUUCGGUUCUGGAUCUUCUGGUGGAGCUUGCAGGAACUGGGCCACCUCAACGUUCACCCCCCAAAAAGGAUUACUUUCUGAACAACAAAUACGUUGGAAGAAACGUUAAAUACCAAGGUUACGAUUAUUAUGAUGUCAGUGUGUUUGAAGCUGAUAUCCAGGCUUUUAUUGCAAAUGAGGAACAUCAGUUUAAUGAUACAGUUCAAAAGGCACUGCAGAUCAUGGAGGCACCACCUGGCACAGGUCUUCCUACGGUAGAACUCUUUUCACAAAACUGCCCAGUAGGUGACAGAUUUGAGAGAGAAACUCGUGUCUCUCUCUUCGGUGCUCUUGUUCACAGCCGUACGUAUGACAUGGACAUCAAGUUGGAUCUUCCACCAGUGCCUGACAGCGCAGAUUUGUCUGGACUUGGCAUUAAGGUUCCCCAAAGUAUAGAUCCUUCAGAAGAUGAGGGAUUCCAAUCAGCAUCCAAUCUCACUCCUGACUCUCAAUCAGAACCCAGUAUGACACCAGAUAUUGACCUCUGGGAAGCUGCGCUUACCUUUGGACCUAGUAAGAGAAGAUGUUGGGAAAGGAUUGGAUGUCCGCCUGGGAAAAAAGAGGAACCAUACCUUUCUGAAGCUGGAAGAGAAGCCUUUGAUAAAUUUUGCAGACUUCGAGAAGAGGAAUUGCAGCUUUUCAGCAGUAACAAACUUCAGCUUCCACAACGUGUAUUAGUAAAAGAACCAGAAAUUGUUAAGGAUGUUCUGAAUGUCCUUAUUGGGGUGGUAUCUACUACUUUCUCAUUUAAUCAGGCAGCUCAGAUGUUUGUAGUCAAGCAAGGCAUAUAUGUAUCUGGAACAUCACCUGAAAGCAUAAACAGUCUUCUGUCAGAAGUUGCAGAAUAUGGAACUUACUACACACGAUUGAGCCGUUUCUCUGUCCAACCAGUUUUGGACUCCUCAUACAAAAAAGGACUUGUGUUUCAGGCAUUCACAAGUGGGCUGAGGAAAUACCUGCAGUACUACCGAGCAUGUGUUUUAUCAACUCCUCUGACUUUAACUCUUCUAUCUAUCAGUUUUCUAUUCAGAAAACUAGGACGCCAGCUAAGGUAUUUAGCUGAGCUUUGUGGGAUAGGAAUGGCUACACCGGGAAUUAGUGGAGUUGCUGAUGCUUCGUUUCCAACAGGAGUGAAACUUCUUUCAUAUUUAUAUCAAGAGGCUCUUAAUAACUGUAGCAAUGAACAUUACCCAGUUCUUCUGUCACUGCUAAAAACUAGCUGUGAACCUUACACAAGGUUUAUCCAUGAUUGGGUGUACAGUGGUGUAUUUAGAGAUGUAUAUGGUGAAUUCAUGAUUCAAGUGAAUGAAGAUUAUCUGGGCUUCAGAGACAAACAUUACUGGACCCAUGGGUACAUUUUGAUUUCAAAAGAAGUAGAAGAUUGUGUCCCUGUGUUCUUGAAACAUAUCGCUAAUGAUGUGUACAUCUGUGGGAAAACCAUAAACUUACUAAAGUUGUGCUGCCCCAAGCACUAUAUAUGCUGGUCUGAUAUUCCUGUUCCUCGGAUUUCUGUAAUUUUCUCACUUGAUGAAUUAAAAGAGAUUGAGAGGGACUGUGCAGUUUAUGUGGGCCGAAUGGAAAGGAUUGCACGUUACAGUACCAUCAGCAAGGAAGAAAAGGAAUUACGUAUGGAAAUUGAAAAACAGGAGUUAAUUGUUCAUGCCCGUGAAACAGCUGGCAAAGCUCUAAAGGCCAUUACUGAUCGACAAAUGUCAGAGAAAAUGGCACUGGAUGCAAAGAAACGAGAGCAGUUCCAGAAAUUAAAGGAACAGUUUGCGAAAGAUCUAGAGCGCCGACGUGCUCUGAAACAAGAAGAAACUGACAGUGAUUUUAGUUAUGCACGGGAGCUCAGAGAGAGGGAGAAGAGACUGAAGGCUUUAGAAGAACACUUGGAGAAAAGGGCAAGGCAAGAGUUAAUUGACCAUUACAGUAAACUUUCUGAAGAUGCCACUCGUAGGGAAAAAAAAGCCUUAUGGAAAAUUCAGAGACAUAAAUUGGAAACAGCUCGUCUCAAGUUUUUGUUAGAAGAUGAAAAACUUAUAGAGGCCAUGCUUCAGAAACUUCCUGGUGGAAAAUACAGGAGGAAAGUAGAUAUAAUUCCAGGGGAUCGAAGCCAGCAGAUUUCAACUGCAAUUCUCCCACUAGGAGAUCCUAGCCUUCAGUUACCUGCCACAGAGCCUGACUCGUGUAAUGUUGUGGACACCACCAUGGCUAUAGAAUCUGAACUGGUGGAUGUUCCUUCAGGUGGCAAAUCACUGGAUUUGGCACAGCCAGCAAACACACAGUCUGAUUCUGAGUUGGAGGAAAGAGAAACUGCAUUCCAAGUACUCAGUACAGAACCAGCAGUGGCUAUACCUACAAGCACAUCUGAACUUGGUCUGAACUUUGAAGAUUUUUUACCAAAACCUCAAGAAGAACCCCUUGUCUCCGCUGAACAUGGAACAAGUUUGUUAGAUGAAGCUUUGCAAAAUAUCAGUUCAGAUCUUUCCUUGAAUGGUCAAAUAGGUGAAAGUAAUUCUCUAUCAAAAGGUACAGCAGAAGGGGAAAAGGUUCCCCUAGAUAGUGAAUAUGACUUCCAUACUGUUCUCAGGCCUUCAGUCUUAGACAGCCAUUUCAGGGCUGGAGAAAUCAGUCUUGAUACUCAGAGUAGGAGACCUCGUUGGAAUGUUCAUGGCCACAUAUCUGAUGCAAAUAUUAAUAUCGGAGAAUAUGUAUCUCAUAUUGAACUCCACCAGCCACAUUCAAAUCCUCACGGACAUUCUUCAGAUGCACAUAUUAAGAUUGGAGAGUAUUCCCCUGAGGUAGAAUCUAGCCGGCCUCGCUGGAACAUCCAUGGGCAUGUCUCUGAAGCUCAUAUCCAGGUUGGAGAAUAUGCUUCUGACAUAGAGCCCUCAAGGCCCAGAUGGAAUAUCCAUGGACACGCUUCUGAUGCCAACAUAAAGAUUGGCGAGUAUGUGUCAAACACAGAGCCAGCUAGACCACGGUGGAAUAUCCAUGGGCACAUGUCGGAUGCCAGUAUCCGAAUCGGGGAGAACAUUUCUGAAGAUGUGUGUUCUCGGCCUCGGUGGAACAUUCAUGGCCAUGCCUCAGAAUCACACUUUAAAGGUGGAGAGUUGGUUCCUGAUUCUGAGGGUUCAAAGCCUCGGUGGAGUCCCUUUGGUCAUGCAUCACAGUCAAGCAUUCAAAUAGGGGAGUGGAUCCCCUUGACUGACCAUGACUCCAUACCUCAUUUCAAGAUGGCUUCUAGUCCUGCAUCAAGUUCUACAGUUCAGGCACUCCUUUACAAUGGGGAAUUCUCUACAGUCAGACAGAAUGAUAAGGAACAAGACUCAAGACCAUCUGAUCAUAUGUCGGCUGAUAAUUUGGACGAAAAGCAAGAAGGAAGCCUGGUCGAGGAAAAGGAGGUUUUGGAUAAUAUAGCAGGCACAGCAGAUAAUGCUGAAGAUUUCUCUUCAAAUCCUCCUCAGAAUUUACAGAUGGAGGAAUCUGGAAAAUCCACUGAACUGGUUCUUGUGACUCAGCAAACUUCCCUCUCGGAAGUCACUACAUCUGAAAGCCAAGGAGGAGGAGGAAAUACCUCUAUUGUCACAUGGAAGAAAGAGGAAGAUUACCUGAAAACAUUAUCUGCUCAGUAUUGCCUUGAAAAAUAUCAGGACAGCUAUGAUUUGAUGUCAGAGCUUCCAGUUUCCCAUCUCCUGCAUCACGUGAUCCCAAGAUCCUACACAUUCCCCGUGGACCCAUCAGUACAGUCAGCAACAGAUGAAACAGCCGUACAACUAAGUGAGCUCUUAUCACUUCCAGUGCUGAUGAAACGAUCAAUUACUGCUCCGUUGGUUUGUCAUGUCUCCCUUGUGAAUAAAGCCAUUGUCGAUUACUACUUUGUUGAACUAAAUGUUGAGAAGCAUUUUGAAGCAUUAAGGCACUUUUUGUUGAUGGAAGAUGGAGAAUUUGCACAGUCACUCAGUGAUCUGCUUUUUGAAAAGCUUGGAUCAGGACAAACUCCUGGUGAACUUCUGAACCCACUAGUCCUCAAUUCCAUCUUAAAUAAGGCACUGCAAUACAGUCUUCAUGGAGACACCCACUUGGCAUCCAAUCUUUCUUUUGCACUGAAGUACCUUCCAGAUAUUUUCAAGCCUAACGCACCAGAUGCUCUAAACUGCUUGGAGUUACGAUAUAAGGUCGACUGGCCCUUAAAUAUUGUCAUUACUGAGAACUGCAUGAACAAAUACAACAAGAUUUUCUCCUUCCUUCUGCAACUGAAGCAUAUGGUGUGGACUCUUAAAGAUGUUUGGUUCCACUUAAAGCGAACAGCAUUAAUAAAACACACAUCGAACUCAGUUCAGUUUCGACAGCUCCAGCUUUACAAGCAUGAAAUGCAGCACUUUGUUAAAGUUAUUCAAGGUUACAUUGCUAACCAGAUCCUGCAUGUGACCUGGUGUGAAUUUGGAAAUAAACUGUCUUCUGUAGGGAACCUGGAAGAAAUACACAGAACACAUGCAGAGUAUCUCAAUAAAGCAAUUUUCCGGGGAUUGUUGACUGAAAAGGCAGCCCCUGUGAUGAAUAUAAUUCACAGCAUAUUUAGCCUCAUUUUGAAGUUCCGUAGCCAGUUAAUCUCUCAGUCAUGGAGUUUUGAUUCUGGUAAACAAAUGGCUACUCAUCCCAACUUUGGCCUAAUGCAGCAGUCUUAUAACACGUUCAAAUACUACUCCCAUUUCUUAUUCAAUGUUGUAACUAAACUUGUAAACAGAGGGUACCAGCCCCACCUGGAAGAUUUCCUACUACGCAUCAACUUCAAUAACUACUACAAAGAUAACUGAACUUUUAUGGUAUAAUACAAACUGAUGCUAUAAGGCUGCUGAAGCUAUAUAUGCUAUGUUCGUAUUUUUUAUGAACCGUGGACUACUGAAAGCUGCUGAUGCCAAGAUGCUUCUAAGAGGAACAGCUGUUCCAUUAAGAUGGAUAGAAAAUAUCAUUGCCCCAUAUUUCUAUAGCAUGGCAGAAGUUCUUAUUUCCUUCUCAGUGCAGGAAAGCAUGUUGCAAAUAGACUCAUGUGCCCAUCGAUGUAAAUUUGUUAAUGUGUAAAUUCUUCCUUGUAGCAUUGUGAAAUCUUAUGUAAAUGUGCAAUAAAAAGCAAAGUCAAAACACA